AUGCAAGAACGUAAAGAAGGAACAGUAGUGACAACCUCGCAAUCUCUGCCCGUUUUACAAUUACGCGGGAGUACAGAUGUACCACAUACGGGCCCAACCCAAAGUGACACAUCUAAGAGAGGUGAUCAGCGAAACAAAGUUCGUUGGAAAGAUGAUGUAGUAGACAACGAGCACAUGAACAAGAAGAAAUCCAAAGUUUGUUGUAUAUUCCAUCCUCAGCAAAAUCUGGAGGAUCUAGCUGACGACAAUGAGGAUUGCAAUCACCAUCCCCAUCACAAUUCGUCCCAGUCAUCUGAAUCAUCAUCUUCUGAGUCCGACAGCGAAGCUUCCAAGGGAAUGGACUUAGAAAGCAGGCGAAAAGCGAGGAAGGAAAGGCGCCGUCGCAAGUUGGAACAAAAACGGUCUUCCAGCCCGAACGCCUAUGAAGUCCAGCCGGAUUACACUCAAUCACGAAUAAGGCAAACUUAA